AUGGCGACGUUCCAGGCACUCGGCGAUCGCCUCGCCCACCUCGUGCCGCACGGCUGCGAUCCGUCGGCGAUAGACCAGGCGGCGGUGUUCGACACCCUCGCCGAGGCGCAGCUGUGCCUUCGGCGCACCGAUCCCGAGGAUGUGCGCGCCAGGCAGCGGGGGUUCGAGGACGCGCUCCUCCGGAUAACGUGCGGGGGUUGGGCCGGACCCGCGGUGCGACGCAGCGCAUCCGAUGUCCUCUCGGUCCUCUUCUCCGUCGGCAACGCCGUGGCGCUGUACUCGUGCGUCAACGAGAUCAUGACGCACGUAACCGCGCUCCCCGAGCGCGGGUCCGCGUCCAAGCCCAACGUCGGAUGCGGGCUCACUCGCCAGGGCGCGGCGAGGAUCGGAGCGUUGGAAUGCGUCGCUCGGCUGGCCCGCGGCGGACACGGGCCCGCGAUGAGCGGCGGCGCCGGAUCCAUCGUCGCCGCCGUCGCCAAACUCCUCAAAUCCACCGACGGCACGUCCGCCAAGUUCCCGAACGCGUGGGCGCUCACGCCCGACGGAGCGAGGGCUCUGCGAAGGUGCGCCAUGCGAACGCUCGCGGCGAUCGUCGGCGGGGCGAGUCGCGAGAGACCGCUUCGAGCGGAGGUUCGAACGGCCGCGGCGCGCGUGGUCAGCGACGCCAUCGCGCACGGCCUCGCGCACGGGCCCCGUUUAUCGUCCUCGUCGUCCAAGGGUUCUUCCUCCAAUGAUUUGAUCGCGAGGGAUCUCGAGAACGCGGCGGAGAAGAGCGGUCACAGCUGCGCGCGGGAGGCGUUUUCGUUGGCGGACCUGACGGGGGACCGCGAGCGACUCAUCCCCGGCGCGGGACGAACGGUGCAGGCGGCGGCGUGCGCGGCCGCGGGCGCGCUCGCGUCCACGCCCGGCGGGUCCGGGCUCUGGGGCGACGAGGGCGGUCGGUCCGCGCGGGGGGGAUCUGGCAAGCCGGGGCUUCGGUCGGCGGCGGAGGAGAUGCGCGACGUGCUUCGCGGCGCGCUGGAGGAGGGCGACGAGGAAACGCGGGGGUGCGCGGCGAGCGCGCUGGGCGCGCUGGCCGCCGCGAGGCUGUAUCCCUCGGAGCACACGCACGCGACGCGCGUUGCUCCCGACGGGUCGAACGGCGGCGGCGGCGGCGGCGGCGGCGGGGACGGCGACGACACGGCCGUAUACGACGCAGCCGUCGGCGCGCUCGACGAUACCCCCACGAAAAUCAGCGGGUCCGGAGGCGGCGGCGGAAACAAUAAGAACAAUAAGAAGCCGACGCACCACAGGCGCUCUUCGUCCUCGGGCGGCGGGUUGUUCGGCGGGUUGAUGCGGGGCAAGGCGGGCGGGGGGGACACGGAGUCGAGCGCCGCUUUGGCUGCGGCUAAAGCUGCGGCGGCGACGGCGGCGGCGGCGGCUCCGCUGGAUCUCGACGGCGCGGGCGUCGACCGUCGGUGGACGGAGACGAUCGAGACGUGCUUCGUGAGGGCGUUUCGCGACGCGUGCCGGUCGCCGGGGGCGGACGGGCGCAGGGCGCGCCACGGCUUGGCCGCGGCGAUGGUCCGGUUCACCGCUCGCGUGUCGGCGAAAUCGUUGGAGAGCGGUAAAUCCGUUCCGGCGCGGUUGCUCGUGGGGAUGACGUCGCAGGUGUACGGCGCCAUCGCCGACGCGCUCGAGGGACCCGGGGGCAUGGCUAGGGAGGACGCGCCCCACGCGGAGGCGUGCGCGUUGCACGUGCUCCGUUGCGGCGUCAUCGCGCGCCUCGACGAGCCCGGGCGCGGUUCGCUCCUGCGAUCGCUCGCGUCGAUUUUUUUUGGACACGACGGAUCGAAAGAGGAUCGAACCCUAAACCCGAAAGUGAACGUCACCGGGGAUAUCGCGAUGAGGGCCAUCGCGCACGCCCUCGCCGCCGCCGGUCGCGUCGACGACGACACCGCGGACGCGCUCUGCGGAUGCGUCUUUCGCGCCAUGGAUUCCGGCGGGUGUCCCGACGAAGUCGCCCUCGCGGCGGCUCGGCUCGCGUCGGCGUCGCCCCGCCGCGCCGCCGGCUUGUUGCGCCGAUCCGUCGAAAAAGUAUCCGCCAAUAUUGCGGGGACCAUGGACGCCGCCGCCGUCGCCGCCGUGUGCGGCGGCGCGGCGGCGACGGCGGCGCUCGUCGCCGCGGGGGACGUCCUUCCGCUGGGCCUUCCCGGCGGCUUGCUCAGGGACGCCGCCGCCGCGGCGUUUGCGUUGGCUGGCGGCGUCGUCGACGUCGACGACGCCGACGCCGAGUGCGAGUUGCGGGCUCGGGGUUUCCUCGCCGCCGCGGGGGUGUUGCGCGGGCCCUCCGGGCGUUACGAGGCCGAGUCGCGUCGCGACGAGAUUCUCGCCUCGUUGAAAAAGGCGUUGGACCCUCAGGCGCUCCGGACGCUUCUGGAGAGUUUGGAAAACGACGAGGGCGGAUCGAGCGCGCAAUCGCAGUCCAAGUCGUCGGGCGCAUUCGGUUUCAUGUCGAGCUCGGCGGCGAAGAAGAAGAGGCGGCCGGCGCCGCGGUGGCCGCCCGCGCGCGAGUUGAGAUGGCGCGCCGCCGCCGUGGACCUCCUGGCCGCGUACGCGUCCAUCGCGAACACCGACGAAUUGAACGACGAAAAAAACGACUCACCGGCGCCGCCGUCCGUCGUCGAUGCGUUACUCGACGACGCCGCGCGUUGUUCCCUCGUCAACACCGUUCAUUUCUUCGAAGGCGACCCGCGAGGCGAAGAGGGGGGCGCCGAGGCUGGACAACAUACGGCUGGGUACGUGGACGUCGGCGAGUGGCCGGCGGAUUCGCUCGUCGCGACACAGCUGGCUUCGUUUCGUCUCGCGACGCUACGCGCGUUCAACGUCAUCCACGGCGUCGAAAACGCUCGGAAAAACGCUCGGGAUCCACCGCUUAAACCGCCGCUCGAACGCUUCGGACGACGCGGGGGACACGUCGGGUACUCGAACGCGCUGGUCGCGCUCUGCGGGACUCCGGUUCGGCCUCUGCCGGAUUCGAACCUGGGAAGCGCGUGCGUCGUCGCGCUGCGUUUGGCGCUGGGACGGCGCGGCGACGACGCGGACGCGGGGGCGUGGGCGAGCGGCGGCGGCGGCGGCGGCGACGCCGCGCUCGACGAGCUGCGAGCCUUCGACGGCGGCUGGGACGCCCCGCGCGACGAGGAGUUAUUUUUGGGGUUUGGGCUCGGCGGGUACGCGAAAGGUUCCUUCCGUCGAGGGGCUAGUCGACGGUUCCCGCGACCGGCGGGCCUCGCGGCGACGCUGCAGGCGACUCGCGUCCACGCGCUCGCGUUUUUAUGCACCGUCGACCCCGCCGCGCUGCGUUUCAUCGAGGCGGAGGCGGGGAUCGUCGUCAAAGGCGACGUCAAAGGUGACGAUUCGAAUCCCUCGGGUGACGAUUCGAAUCCGGCGGAAACGGUUCGAAAACGGUUCGAAUUUGACGGUUCGGGUCUCCUCCCGGCGUCCCCCGCGUCGCUCGUGAACGCGUGCGUCGCGUCGCUCGCGUUGGCGGAUUCCGAUCGAUUCAAAUCCUUCGCCGACGCAUCGCUCGUCGCGUCGUCACUUGCGAAAAUCGCCGGCGCCGUCGACCGGUCGCGAUGGUCCGGCCCCGCGCACUGGCGCGUCGCCGCGGAGCUCUCCGCGCGAGCCGCCGAGCUCGGGGGCGACGCGGACGCGGCGUCGCUCCUAACCUCGCUCGCGGCCUCGCUGCCGUCCACGCCGCCGAGGAGGCGUAGCGACGAUCGCCCGGGGAGUCAAAAAAACCCAAACGAUAAUUCCAACCCUUCAGCCGACGACGACGGCCCGUCGCCCAGAGCCGUCGCCGCGUGCACAGCCGCGGCGACGUUUCAACGCGCGGGCGCGCUCGCCGCAACGUCCGCGACCAAACCCCUGGUUCGGUCGCUGCUCGAGACGAGCGCGCAGGUGGACGUGGGAUCUGACGCCACGCACCUGUGGCCCCUCCGAGCCCUCGGCGUCGUCGCGCAACACGUCGGACCCGGGUUCGCGAGGCACGCGUCCACGGUGCGGCGACUGGCGUUCGCGAUGGUAAACUCGCCGGAGUGCGCGUACGCGGCGGGCGCGGCGGAGACGAGGGCGGCGUGCGGGCGUCUGGUCAACGCGGCGGUGGCUGCGAUCGGACCGGACCUCGACCCGGGGGGCGAGACGUUUAAAUCGUUCGCGGCGCUCGUGGCGGCCGUCAGGGACGGGGGCGAAAACGGUCCGACGGGAACCGAACCGACGGGGAACCGAACCGACGGCGACGACGGAACCGACGCGGGUGAUCGACGCGACGCCGAGUGCCAGCUGGAGGCUGCGCUGUUUUUGCAGCAGCUCGCCGUGUUUGCUCCGCAGACGGCGCCACCCGACGUGCUCGUCCGAAGGCUCCGGCCGUACCUCGAAGGCUCCGCCUCGGCGUCGCUGCGAAGGGUCGCCGCCGCGACGCUGCGGCACGUGUGCGAGCGCGACGCGUACGCGGUGCUUCGCUCCGUCCACGCUCGGUCGAUGAGCGACGGACGAUCGACGCGGAGACGUUCUCAUCACGUCGGAGGCGGCAUCGAGGCUGACCUGCUCGCGCUUCUCGACGGGUACGGCGGGGGGAACGAAGGGGGCGAGCUGGAGGAUGACGACGGCUACGCGGUUCGCGACGCGACGAGGGCGCUGUGGUUGCUGACUGGCGCGAACGCUCACGACGAUCCGGCGAAGGCGGCGAGGCGGCUGGCGGCGGUGGCGCUGCACGCGCCGGGGCGGGACUGGGGCGGCGACGAGCUCGACGGGGGCGCCGAGCUCGACGGGGGUGCCGAGCUCGAUGGGGAUGACGAGGGUGGGGGUGCCGAGGGUGCCGAGGGUGAGCCUUCGAACGCAGAGGGCGACGAUUCGGACGCGGAGGACGAGCGCGGGGUGAGAAACGGUCGGAGAAACGGUCGGAGAAUCGCGAUCGAGGUUGCCGGUCGCGCGGCGCCGAAGCUCUCCACGCGGGUCAUCGCCGCGGCGAUGAUCUCGGCCAUCCCUUCCUUCGUCUCCGCGCAUCCCGCGCACCUCGACCUCGCCCUCGCGCGUAAAAGCCGCGGCGAUCGAUGGCUCUGCGCGCAGGCGGACGCGCUCGUGGAUUUGGGUCACAGGCUGGCGACGUCAUCCUCCGAGCCGCUGAGACCGCGCGGGCUCGCGCUGAUGACGCGCCUCGUCGAGACGCUGGGGGACGCGCGGGACCCGGACGUUCCGGGGAGCGCCCUCCUGGAGCAGUUCCAGGCGCAGGUGCUCUCCGCGCUGCGGGCGGCGGCGGCGGCGGUAACGGCUGUAACGGACGGGGACGGGGAUUCGGGAGAGUCUACCGCCGGAAAGUCAACCCCCCGUUUAAGGUUUAACGCCUCCUCCGUCGCGGACCCGGCGAGCGUUUUGGAGGCUUUGUCGUUGGCGUCCGCGUCGCUCGUCGACGGCAGGGUCACCGGCGGCGAUCCCGCCGCGACGCGCAGGGUCGUCGACUUCAUCGUCCGAUCCGCCGUCGCCGCGCUCUCUCUCGACCAAUCGGAAGACGACGCGUCGGACAAGAACGGAGAAUAUUUCGACGGCGCGUGCGAGGGAAUCACCGCGAGGUUGCGGGUGGCGACGUCGCGGGCGUUGGCCGUGGCGGCGACGCACGCCCCCGACGCGCUCGCGACGGCGCUGGCCAAGGCGAACGUCGACGCGCCUCGGAACCGUUGCGAGCUCUGGUGGCGCCGGGUGCUAACGCGAUCCAAUGCGCUCGCGACUGACGACCUAUCGUCGCGACCGAUUAUCGCGAGGGACCUGGCGAGGGCAGCCGGCCCGGCCCUCGAGGCGCUCGCGUUGGCCUCCUCCUCUUCUUCUUCCUCCUCCUCCGUUUUCGACGCGUGCGCCGCCGCGUUUCGGGCCGCGGCGGCGUCGGGUUCGUUUUCUUCCGGAGAGCGUCCGAGGGAGGGACCCGGCGGAUUGAACGACUCGGCCGAUUGCGCGGGAGUCUUGAACGACGCCGCGUUCUUCGAGGAGCUCUUCGAGCCGCUCAACCCGCCCCCGGGACGAGUCGCGCGGGGGGACGGGGCCGACGGGGUGGUUGGUGUCGACGUCCUCGCGGCGACGAGGGCGCUGAGGCUGGCGUUGGACGCGCUCGUCUCCUCCUCCUCCUCCUCCUCUUUCUCUUCCUCCUCCUCCUCCUCUUCCUCCUCUUUCUCUUCCGAGGCGGGAUCCGCGGCGGUGGCUGCCGUUCGCGCGUGCGCCGCGACGUUGGUGGAGCGACGUCGCGCGAUGGGCGCACGCGUCGCAUCCGACUCGACGUUCGUCCGCGAGUGCGCCGCGACGUUGGCGUCGUCGGCGCGUGCGACGGCUUUGGUCGCCGAGCGAGGCGGCACUCCUCCUUCCGAGUGGACGCUCGCGACGGCGGCGCUGGGCGCGGCGAUCGCGGGCUCGGUACCCGCCUCGUCGCCCCAUUUCCGCGCAUCGCUCGUCGCCCUCGACGCCCUGCUCGUGUCGAGCGAUAAAUCGACGCGUCCCGAAGAUGGCGGCGCGAUGUCCGCGCCGUUGCUCGCGCUGGCGGUCGACAUCUCGCGCGAAGAUGACGACAAAGUUGAUCACGGCUCGUCUCAUCAUCAAAACGGCGAUGUCCUCGCGCGCCUGUUCGCCCGCGCCGCUCGCGAGUGCCCCCGAGACGACGUCGCGCUCCUCACGGCGACGCGCGCGCUCGAGGCGGCGCGCGAUGCGAUCGACGCGGGCGGCGGCGUCUCCCCCGCGUCGGCUUCGGUGGCGGCGGUGGCCGCCGGCGUGAUCGCGUCUCGAGACGGCGGAGGAGGCAUCAAUCGGGCGGUUCCUAACGCCGUCGACGUCGACGCCGUCGUCGGUUCCAUCGUCGGUGGCGCCGCGGAGCCGCGCGCGGCGUCCGCGGCGCUCGCCGCCGUCAGGGAGACGCUGGCGCUCGAGAGGACUUCGGGGCAGCCGUCGGCACUCGGCGAUGGGGACGAUCGAUUCGGGGGGAGCGACGACGACGUCUCAAACGUCGCCUUCGCGUUUCUUCGCGCGCACGGCGCCGCAGCCGCGGCGGGCACGCGCGCGAGGUGCGCGCUCGCGGCGGCGGCGGCGGCGGCCGGGGACGACCGCGCCCGCGGCGAUCACGCGCGCGCCGUCGCGGAGGGGCUCAAGCUGUGCGCCGCCGCCGUCACGAAACUGGCGUCGUCGAGAGAAGGCGCGGGGGGGGGAGACUCGGCCGUUUCGGCCGUUUCCGCGGCGGUUUCGGUGUUCUUGCCGCUGGCGAUGGACGCGGGCGCCGGCGUCGGGGAUGACGAGCGCCGCGCCGCCCCCCACCCGCCCGUCCCGGAGCUGAGGGCGGCUGCGGCGGCGCUGGUGCGGAUGGUGGCGGCGGCGGCGCCCGAGGGGUUCAGGCAUGCCGUCGCCGCGCUCGGAAGCGAGUCGAGGUCGCGGCUGCAGUCGGCGCUCGCGGGAGGCGGGGGGAUCGCGACGACGCCGGGGGGUGCGGCGGCACCGGGGACGCCGCCGGCGAUAUCUCUCGGAUCGAUGGGUUAGCGAGCGGCGGCCACCUUUCGGUUGCGGUUGCGACUGCGGCGCCGGCGAAAUCAAAUCGAGGGUUAGAAUUUAGGAUCAGACGUCAGCCGCAUCGUCAGCCACGCAGCAGCGGCGGUCUUCGUCAGCCGUUGGAAAAUU